GAGCUAGUGAGACAAGACCAUGACAAGUCACUGGCCAGCUCAGCCGUGUUUGUGUUUCUCUUUUCUUAGCUCAGUGAGUACUGGGUAUGUGUCACCCUGCCAAAUCCCUGAUCACAAGUCUCCAUGAACUGGCGGUGAGCUGGGAUAAUAAAACCCCUGACAUCACCAUUCCAGAAGCUUCACAAGACUGCAUAUAUAAGGGGCUGGCUGUAGCUGCCGCUGAAGGAGCUGAGCAGCCAACGGACCCUACAUUCAUCUAGCCACCAUGGACAUCGCCAUCCACCACCCCUGGAUUCGUCGGCCCUUCUUCCCUUUCCACUCCCCCAGCCGCCUCUUUGACCAGUUCUUCGGGGAGCACCUGUUGGAGUCUGACCUCUUCUCAACUGCCACUUCGCUGAGUCCCUUCUACCUUCGGCCACCCUCCUUCCUUCGCGCCCCCAGCUGGAUUGACACUGGACUCUCAGAGAUGCGUAUGGAGAAGGACAGAUUCUCUGUCAACCUGGACGUGAAGCACUUCUCCCCAGAGGAACUGAAAGUCAAGGUGCUGGGAGAUGUGAUUGAAGUGCAUGGGAAGCACGAGGAACGCCAGGACGAACACGGAUUCAUCUCUAGGGAGUUCCACAGGAAGUACCGGAUCCCUGCUGAUGUGGAUCCUCUCACCAUUACUUCCUCCCUGUCAUCUGAUGGGGUCCUCACUGUGAAUGGACCAAGGAAACAGGCCUCUGGCCCUGAGCGUACCAUUCCCAUCACCCGUGAAGACAAGCCUGCUGUCACUGCGGCCCCUAAGAAGUAGACGCCCUUUCUCUCAUUGCGUUUUUUAAAACUCGAAAGUUUCCCAUCAGUGAAUGAAAAUCUGUGACUAGUGCUGAAGCUUAUUAAUGCUAAGGGCCGGCCCAGAUUAUUAAGCUAAUAAAAUAUCAUUCAGCAACAGA